AUGGUUGUAGAGCGCGACCGUUCAAAUGAGCUGCACAGCAUCUUCAACGGCAUGAAGCAUGGUGAAGUUUUACUGCACAACGGCGUGCGACAUAUCGACCCUUCUCGGGGAGAACUUCUGCAGUCGAACUCCGGCCUCCGUUCGAGUAACGAGACACAAAUAUUUAAUCGUUUUGCCCAGGCAUUCGCCGCCGACUUGGCGAAAGUGUCGGAGUCCAUCAUGCGGCUGACGCAACUGACACAACGGCAGACUGUGUUUGAAGAUCGCUCAUCCGAAGUGACAGCCCUCACACAAGUGGUUAAAACGUCAUUACAGCGUCUUCAUGCAGAUUUGAAUACCCUCGACGAACUUAAAGCGCGUGCUUUAGAUGCUGAGAAGGUGGUGCUUGCGCGAACGAGGGCCUCUAGUGGCAGUGAAGCACACAGUUUGUGGGGAGGGAGGGCGGACGUUGACUCACUUGUGCAGUCCCAGACAAAGCAUAGUGACACUAUUGUAGAAACAUUGCGCACACGUCUGGCACGAACUGGACAAACAUUUCGCUCAACCCUCCAGCAACAGACAAAGGAAAUGAAAAGUAAUGCACAACGUCGUCACAUGUUUACCACGGGGGAUCGACCACAAACAUUUGAAAGCGCAUUAUUUCACGAUCAGGAGAUGCAGCAGCAACAACAAAUGCAAUUGGCGAGUAGAGGAGAAAAUGUGCAGUAUUAUAAACAGCGCAGUGAGGCGGUUCGGGAGAUUGAGGCAGCGGUAGUUGAAGUGGGUGAAAUGUUCAAUGAUUUCACUCGUCUCGUGCAUGAACAAAACGAAAUUGUUCUCCGCAUAGACACAAACGUUGAGACAUCACUGCGGCACGUCAAUGCUGGAAGUAACGAACUGCUGCGCUACUUGGCGAAUCUCACUUCCAACCGCGGUUUGAUAAUAAAAAUAUUUGCCGUUCUGUUCUUCUUCCUUCUGUUCUUUGGGUUUCUCGUUGUGCGCUAG